AUGCGCCUGUAUGAUAGAAGACCGAGACCUAGAGGAAGAGCAGAGAUUAGAGAGGCAAUACUUGAGGAAUGGGAUCUUAUUACUGAGGAGGACAUCAUCAGGUGUAUCAACAAUAUGCCAGAGUGGAUAGAGGCAGUCAUUGCUGCCAAUGGGGGUCAUACCAGGUGGUAA